AAAAGAAAGAAACACUAAAAUGAAAAGUAAGCACCAGGGUAGUAAGCAAGGAAAUGUAUUAGGUAAAGCGAAAUCCAAAGAAAAUGUACAACCAGUGCAAAGAAAUCUUUUGGAAAGGUGGACAUUUGGAAGACUGUGGCUUGUAUUUAAUUAUGAAAAUAAAUCAGUGUCUUGCAAGUACUGUACCAAACACCAUUAAACAUUUGCUCUGCGCUGAUACUUUUAUUGAGGGAUGCAUGUCAUGCAAGGUUGAGAGCAUUAAGAUUCAUGAAAAAUCUAAAGCACAUGAAGCAUCAGUAUUAUGUCAAAAAUAAAAAUAAAAUUGACAAGCCAGAAGAUGCACCUGCUAUAAAGUGCCUUAAACAACUUAACAAAGCAACCGAAAAGCAAGUGGCAAACUUAAUGUGCAAUGUAUAUGCCCUCAUUAAAAACAAAAAAUCCUUUCGAGACUAUACAUGUACUUGGCUCUGUGAAUUGGAUUGCACAAAAAGACUGGACAUAUGUAAUUCUUAUAUAAAUCAUCAAUAUGCACAUGAGUUUGCGAAAUUCAUCGCAGCAGCUCAAAGGGAGCAAGCCAGGACUGGGUUGGUUAAUGUAAAAUGUGUCUCUGUGCUGUGUGAUGGAACAACAGAUAGUGGAACAGUCGAGCAGGAGAUUGUGUACAUAAGGUGAGAUUUUUUACUAUUGUAACUUAAUAUUACUUUACUCGCGUAACUGAUUGAGACCCAUAACUGCAUAAUAUCUGCUAAUGUCAAUGAGUCAUUUGGCGCCUGGUUUAAUUUGGCCUAAAUUCCCAUUGCCAAUCAUUUAUAUAAAUAUUUUAAUGUGUGAAUUUAAUUAAUGUUUUAGCUACUGUAAGAUGGGUAGAAA